AUGAAUCCUUUUUGCAAUUAUGACACAGGAGGUUUUUAUAAUACCUCAACUCAAAUUCAAAGCUCAGAUUGUCUUUCAAAAUGCUAUAGCAGCACUCCUUUUUGCGAUUUCAGUAUUCUUGGGGAUGGCAAUUGCGAUAUUCCGUGCGGUAAAUUUUUUUGCGGAUAUGACUUAGGAGAUUGCGGGUACUGCGCUGAAUCAUGUAUUCCAUAUAUAGGUCAAAAAUCUCAAUUAGGAAAUGAGUGUGAUCCUGAGUGCGAUACAGAUUCUUGCUAUUAUGACAUGGGAGCGUGCUCAGAAUGUGCCGAAGGCUGCAAUUUGACUAUAUGAGGAGAUGGGAUAUGCAAUGAGGAAUGCAAUAGUUCUCCAUGUAAUUAUGAUAAUGGAGACUGCUUCAAUAUCACUUGUGCGCCUGGCUGCUACUUGUGAAUGAUUGGAAACUCCAUUUGUGAUGAAACUUGCUAUGUUGAAGAAUGCAAUUAUGAUAAUCUUGAUUGCGAUUGUUCUCCUGGAUGCAUUCCAGAAUUAUUAGAAAAUGAUAUAUGCGAUGAGGUUUGCAAUACCUAUAAUUGUGAUUUUGAUUCUGAAAAGUGUGGGUUUUGUGAAAGUGGAUGCUAUUUAGACAUGCUUAGAAACGAAGUAUGUGAUGAAGCUUGCAAUACUUUUCGUUGUAAAUAUGACAAUUUUGAUUGUGGAUGCUCACCGUAUUGUAUGCCAGAAGAUUAUGGAAAGUGCAAGCCAUCGUGCUUAGUAAGUGAUUGCAAGUAUGAUAGAGUAAGCAGUGAUCCUAGCAAGUGGUGCUAUGAUGAAGAUUUAAUAAAAUACACUAUUUAUCAGCAAUAUUUUGCUGGGAGUACAAAUGCUAUUGUAUCUUUUGAAAUUUGCUCAGUCGCAUCAUCUAAUAAAUGCAAUAUAACAAUGUCAUUAGACUUAACAUCAUGCUACCCUGAAUGCUUGUUUAAAGAAUGUAAUUAUGGCUUAUGUCAUAUUAUAGAUAAGGAUAAUUGUCCUGUUUUACCUCAAUUAUUUUGCGAUUUUUGUAGUAUUUACAGCUGCGAUCUAUGUAACAUUGUCAAUGGCUGUUAUCCUUCAUCUUUAUACAUAGGUGAAUUUUAUUUAACCUACAAUAAUCAUUGAAAACUCUUAAAGCAUCCAGACUUUCAGUUUUACUAUGUGACUUCAACUCAGAAAGGGCUUUACCCAGCAGGAAAUGGGACUGUGAUUUCUCCAUUUGAAACAAUUGAUUAUGCAUUGCAGUCUAAACUGUCUAGCGAAAGCUUAUUGGAUCCACCUAUAUUGCGAAAUCAAAUACUUUAUUUCUAUUUAUAUAACGAUGGAAAUUAUAGUUUAACUGACUGUAAUCCUUUAGGAAAAGCCUCAUCUGUUGUAAUAGCCUCAUAUGAUGGGAGUAAGGUUUUGAUAAAGAUUAAUGGAUGAUCGAGGCUUUCAUGCUCAAUGGUUUCUUAUAUCAAGUUUGAAAAUGUGAUUAUUGAUGGAUCUGGACAGGAUAAUGGGUGUAAUUCUAUAUAUUGCGAUUAUUGUGCAUAUAGGUUUUAUAAUGAAAGUGACGGCUAUUAUAGUCCGAGCCUCCUUUAGGCUCAGUAUUCCUGGAAUCUCACUAUGUUUACCUGAAAGGGCUGGAUAGCCAAUUUCAUAAAUAGUUAUUCUAUUUGCAUUUGGAUAGAUUUGAGAGACUAAAUAGCUUUUAUGUAUAGAGAGUCAUUUGAGAUCCUGAAUUAAAGGAGCCUUGGGUAUACUAUAAUGAUAGAAAUCAGCGCAUUUCGCGAAAUAUAUCUUUAGAUAGCUGCAAGAUUGACAAAACUGGGAGUCUUAGCCUAUUUUAUGCUAAAUCUGCAUUUACAUUAACGAAUGUUGAAAUUAGAAAUUUUAGAUUCAAUUAUGACUCCAUUAUAUCUGGGAAUGGGACAAUUGAGCUAAUUAAUGUAAUUUUUGAUAAUAUAUGACUAAGUGGAAAAGAAGCAAAUGCAGUUGUGCAUUCAUAUGGAAAUUUUACUUACAAAGGAGGCUCUGUGACUAGACUAAAUAACGGAUUUGAAUUUGAAGACCCACUUGAUUUCCGAGGAUUUUUAUAUUCUGAAUCUUAUUCGACUUUUACUAUAAAAAAUGUGGAUUUUAAAUAUAAUUUGGUUUAUUUAAAACCACAAAGCUCUCUUUCGACUGGUUCACUAAUAUAUAUUAGUAAUUUGAGAAAAUUUGAAAUUGAUAACUGCACUUUUAUGUAUAAUUUUUGUGAAACAGGGAUAUUUUACAGCAAUUUAAAUAUAGAAAGUUAUGAUUCUAGUUUUAAUGAAACUUGAUAUUUAACUUAUGUGACUAUUUCUCACAUAGACAUUAAGAACACCAAUUUUAUAUCCAACUAUGGAAAAUUUGGAUUAAUCCGUGUAGAGUUUCUCGGUUUGCUAUUAAAUGUUCACCUAAGCAAUUUGACCAUUGAAUCAAAUGGAGCAGAAAGCGAUUCAUUAAUUUAUAUAUACAACUCUGCAGUAUUAGAUUAUUAUAAAACCAAAACAACCCAAACUAUUGUUUUUAACAAUUUUAGAUACGUUAAUGUCAUUUCAGUUCCAAGAUGAUGCAAAUUUAUUGAUAUUUCUUUCAAAAAUAAUCAUGCCAAAGGAAUGAUCACUACAGUAAAUUUGGUUAAUUUUGAUUUAAAAAAUUUGACUAUAGAUUCUAAUGGAUCUCCGUACGAAGACUCAAAUGUCAAUUCUCUAAUUCUUAAAUAUUUUAUUGAAAAUAGGGAUGAUUGAGACUUAUAUAUAAGUAACCCAAAAUAUAAUACAAAAGCUGUAGAUUGUGAAUUUAUGGUGAGUUUAUCGAAAUCAAUUAAUUUAUAUAUCGAAGGUGUUAACAUUACAAAAAAUAUCUGCAGAAAUUCAUCACCAACUUUCAUAAUUGAUAAGUCAAAUUCCAAUAACUUAAAUUCUCUAAGCUGUUCUGGAAAUAUUGGAAAUGGAAAAUUGCCAGUGUGCUUUUAUUUUACAGGAUCUUACGAUAGAAAUUUCACUAAUUCAAAAUUUAUUGAGAAUAUAAACAAUUACAUUUCAGGGUAUGGAGCAUUAGGAGUAGAGAGUGAGAAUACUUUAUAUAUAUCAAACUGUUCUUUCAAUAAUAACCUAGCAGGUUUAUCCCCUGCAGUUUACUUUUCAGGAGUGAGCAUCUUUAUUGAGUCUUCAAUCUUUGAUUCAAAUGAAUCAAGGCAGGGCAAUGGUGGAGCCUUAUAUUUUGUUUCUUUAUUGCAAAAUAGUAGAAUGUCGUCGCUUAUUAUAUCAUCAAGUGAUUUUAUUCGAAAUUCAGCUUCUUCUAAUGGAGGAGCAAUUUUUUUGAUUCAGAGCUCAAGGUCAUUAGAAAGUCUUGACUUUAAAAUUUUGGAAUCAAAUUUUAUAGGAAAUUAUGCAAAUAAUGGUGCAGCCUUAUAUAUAGAUAGCUCAGUAGCACUUUCUAAAGAGUCAGUUAUAUUAAUUUCUAAUUUCAGUGAAAAUGUUUCAAAACAGUCAGGAACUAUAAUGCUAUAUUUCAGCAGUGGAAUUUUAUCGUUUAAAUCGUGUGUUUUCAUUGAAAAUUCUUCAUAUUUGGCAGCUGUUUUGGCAAUUGAUAUAGUGGAAGAUACAAAAAAUUUGCCUUCAAAAAUAUGCAUUGAGCUCUCUAUUUUCAGAAAAAAUACUGGAAACUCAGUUAUAUAUACAGAAAGCCAAAAUAGAAAGUCAACUAUUGAAACUAAGAAUUCUGUUUUUGAACACAACAAUGCAAGAGUCGCUUUUUUGAAUUUUGAUUAUUUUACAGAUAAUGGUUCUGUUUUUCAGUUUAAUUUUGCUCCUUAUGGAUCUUGUUUUUACCUUCGAAACUCUGCUAUUUUGUAUGCAAGCUCAUCACAAUUUUUAAAUAAUACAUGUGAGAAAGACGGAGGAGCGAUAUCAAUUACUUCGAAAUCGUUUUUUUAUUGUGAAAGUUGUUCAUUUAUUCAAAAUAAAGCAAAAAGAAAAGGUGGAGUACUAAACGCUGAACAAGAGUCUCAAUUUUUUAUAUUAAAUUCAAAAUUCGAAAAAAAUUCAUGUGAAAAUGAUGGGUCUGCAAUCUAUGCUUUUAACUGCAAUUUGAUAGCUUCUUCACUAAUUUUAUCCCGAUUUUCCAACAAUUAUGCAUCAAACUUAGGUUUGAUUAAUUUAGUUAGCUCAAAAAUAAAGAUCUCAUCAUCCAUUUUUAGCAAUAAUUCAGCUGAGGGAUACAGCCCAGGAUUAUCACUAACAUAUUCGAAUGCAGAAAUAUAUGAUUCAAAAUUUGAAAAUCAAAGAAGUACUUCAGGAAGUUUUAUAUAUUUAUUAGCUGAAAGCAAUGCAUAUGUAGCUAAUGCAUCCUUUUAUAAUGGAAAAUCAAGUGAAAGAGGUGGAGCAAUUUAUGCAAGCUCAAGCGCAUUAUUAAUCAGUGACUCAUUUUUUAACAAGUUAUCGUCUCCUUAUGGUGGUGCAAUUUAUGCUUCUUUUGAUAGCAAAAUAUCCAUCAAUAGCUCGAAUUUUAUUGAUAUAGAAAGCCCUAAUGGAGGUGGAGUUAUCAAUGCGAAUCAAGUUGAAUUAUCAAUUGAAAAUUCAAUUUUUAAUAAAUUUUCUGUUACAGGAAUAUAUGGAAAACAAAUAAAAAAGCUAGAAAUUGUAAAUUCUUCGUUUAGCAAUGGCUCAGGAAAUGAUGGAGGAGCCCUUUAUUGUGAUUCAUGCAAAAACAUAGAAAUUAUUUAUUGUAAUUUUGCAAAUAACUUUGCAUCUCUAUAUGGAGGUGCUUUAUUUUUUAAAUCUGCAAAAGAUAUCAGUAGCAACGUUAAUAUUACUUCAAGUCAAUUUUUAAAUAAUUCGGCAGAAAAUGGAGGAGCAAUAUACUCGAAUAACGCAAAUUUAAAAAUAAUUUUUUCCAAUUUUAAGCAGAAUAAAGCUAUUUCAGGCCAAGACUUAACAUAUAAAAACAUUGAUAGUGGGAUUGGAGGGGGAGUCAAUAUGAACUGUUUCGAUACAAAAAAAUGUAAAUUUGAUAUUAAUUCAAGCAACUUUGUUGAAAAUUUCGCAGAGUAUAAUGGUGGAGGUGUCAGCUGAGAUGACCAAACUCCUUCACUUUUCAAUAAUACAUACAAGAAUAAUGCAGCUCAAUAUGGUAAAGAUAUAGCUUCAUAUCCAAUCAAGCUAAUGCAAGUAAAAGCAGAUGGCAGUUUAGCAGAUUUUAAUAGCAAAAGAUUAUUAUCAGACCCUGUUUCAAGCCUAAAUUUAACAGAAAUCGCACCUGGACAACGCAUUAAAAAUCAACUGCAAAUUGCUUUGGUUGACGAUUUAAAUCGUAUCAUAGCCACUGAUAAUAUUAGUGAAGCUGUGCUUAAAUCUACAAGUUUAACAACCCAAAUUUCAGGAAUAACAAAAGUUACUGCAUCAAAAGGAAUAUUUAACUUCUCUGAACUUGUUAUUUCUGCUGAGCCUGGAUCGAAUAUUCAAAUAAUUGCUACCUCUUCAGCAAUUGAUAUUUCCAAAAUAAAAUCUUCAGGUCAAAGCAAUUAUAGCCAAAAUUUAAUAUUAAAUGUGAAUAUGAGAAAAUGCAAAAUUGGAGAGGUCAUAUCAGGAAAAAGUUGUCAAAUAUGUCCCCAAGGGUUUUAUAGUUUGAACCCAAACUUAAUUUCUUGUCUUUCUUGUCCCGAUGAAGCUCAAUGCCUUGGAAAUUAUACAAUGGUUCCACGCCCUGGAUAUUGGAGAGACAAUAUGUAUACAGAUAAAUUUUGAAAAUGCCCAAAUACUUCAUCUUGUUUAGGCUCACCUAAUAUAAAUAAUAUUUCAUAUACAGGUGAAUGCAGCAAAUCCUACAAGGGCAAUAAGUGUGAAUCUUGCCAAGCAGGAUUUUCUUAUACUUCAAGCAAUAGAUGCGAGGAGUGUCCAGGAUAUAAAACUAACGUUUUAGUGACUAUAGGAAUAACAAUAGGGUUAAUUAUUUUAUUGGCGAUUAUAAUAAAAACAACAAGAAAAUCAGCUCUAAAGCCAAAAUCACAAACUUCAAUUUUCAUAAAAAUAUUUUUGAAUUAUUUUCAAAUGAUCAUUUUAGUGUCCACUUUUAAGCUCAAUUGAUCAUCUGAAGUUUUAACCCUUUUUAAUAUUCAAAAUAAUGCAGAUUAUAUAUAUCAGCAAAUUUACUCAUGCCAAUGCUUAUUUGGAGAAAAUGACAACAGAAAUUUAGUUUAUUUCAAAAUUCUUAUUAUGGUGGCUUUAAUUCCAGCUGUUAUGCUAGUUUUGAGUUUAUUUUUUUGGAUUAUUAUAAAAUUAGUCAAAACUUCAUAUAAAACAUUUUGGGAUGAUUUUAUAUCAACUGGGAUUAUUUUACUGUUUUUAAUUCAUCCAAGCGUAGUGAGAAAAAUGUUUGCUUCAAUGAAUUGCACAGAAAUAAAUCCUGGCGAAUAUUGGUUAGAAGAAAAUCUUGAUAUAAGAUGCUGAAAUUAUGAUCACAUAGUUUAUGUGGCAACCAUUUCAUUGCCAUCUAUUAUUUUAUGGGGAAUUAUUUUGCCUACAGUUUGCUUGAUAAAUAUUAUUAGAAAUAAAAGCAGACUUAGUGAUUUAGGUGUGCGCCUAAGAUAUGGAUUUCUUUUCAAUGGAUACAAAGAUAAUCUCUAUUUUUGGGAAUUUAUCAUUUUGUAUAGUAAAGUUAUUCUUAUUUGCUGUUCAGUUUUUUUAGCAAGAAUAUCUUUAAAAAUUCAAGCAAUAAUUGUGGCUAUUUUAUAUUCAAUAUAUUUACGACUACAGUAUUCAAACAACCCUUAUAUUGAGCCUAAUCUAAAUCAAAUGGAAUUAAGGCUGAGGAUAGUGUGUGCAGUCACUAUAUGAAGUGGACUUUACUAUUUAAUGGGAUCUUUAGAUGAAAAAGCUGGAUACUUUUUCUUUGCGACUAUUUUAAUAGCAAAUUGCUAUUUUUUAAUUUAUUGAUCGUUUUGCGUCCUCAAAUCGAUUUCUCGAUCAAUAAUUAAUAAACUUAAGAACCUCAGAAAAUCAAAAAAAGUGGCAAAUUGUUCAGACGAAAACAGUUAUAAAAGUGAUGAUUCAAAAGCAGCUUUCAAUCGAAUUGAAGUUUCCCUAGCAUCAAAUAGUAUAUCAAUCAAUGAAAGCCACUCUCUAGAAGAUAAAGAGAGUAUUCAAUAA